AGCUCAUUGCUCUCUGGAGCUUCAUAGAGGUAACGUCGAGUAUAAUUUUUAAUCAUGGGCUUCUUUACCGUUUUAUUUUGCCUGCUCGUGGGGGCAGUUUCUUUGGGAUAUUACUUUAUCAAGCAGCGUCUUUCCUAUUGGAAACGUCGAGGAAUUCCACACGAUGAACCCGUCUUUCCUGCGGGUAAUCUACAAGAUCAUCCCAAAAAGAAACACAUGCGGGAGAUUUCAAGUGAACAUUACCACAAAUACAAGGGAACAGGACCAUUUGGAGGCUUUUUCUUCUUCCUUAGUCCCGCUGUGAUGUUGUAUGAUCUGGAUUUGAUUCGAGAUGUCCUCAUAAAGGAUUUCAACAACUUCACCGAUCGUGGAAUGUUCCACAACGAGAAAGACGAUCCCUUGACGGCGAACUUAUUGGGAUUGGAUGGAGCCAAAUGGAGACAGUUACGCAACAAGCUAUCACCAACAUUCACUUCGGGCCGAAUGAAGUUCAUGUUCCCGACAGUGGUGUCAGUUGGAGAGAGACUUUUGGAAAAGUUCGAACUCAUGGCGGAACAAGACUCUAUUCUGGAAAUGAAGGACAUCUUAGUUCGGUUCACAGUCGAUGUUAUUGGAACAUGUGCCUUUGGUCUUGAAUGCAACAGUCUGAACGAUCCAAACGCAGAAUUCCGUCGCAUGGGUGCUAAUGCUUCGACCCUCAAACGUCAUUCAAAGAUGGUCAAUGGAUUUAUAUUCAGUUUUCCUCAACUGGCCCGGCAGUUGCGAAUGAGGCAAAUUCACGACGAUAUUCACGAGUUUUUCAUUCGUGUUGUGCGUGAGACCGUUGAGUACCGCAAGAAAAAUUCAAUAAAACGCAACGAUUUCAUGAACUUGCUGAUUGAGUUGAGGAAUGAAGAUGGCGGUUUGACCAUUGAACAGAUUGCAGCACAAACAUUCAUGUUCUUUUUGGCUGGAUUUGAGACUUCUUCCACAACUAUGGGAUUCACACUGUUUGAAUUGGCAUUGAAUCAGGACAUCCAGGACAAACUAAGGGAUGAAAUAAACACCUGUAUCGAGAAGCACAAUGGCGAAUUCACCUAUGAGUGCAUGACUGAAAUGACAUACAUGGAAAAAGUCGUAAAAGAAUCUCUUCGCAAGUAUCCUCUGGUUACGAACUUAGUACGAAGAGCAAUUGAUGACUAUCCCACUUCAAAUCCGAAAUACACUAUUCCCAAAGGAACAAUGGUAUUGAUUCCAGCCGAUGCUAUUCAUCAUGAUCCCGAAAUAUACCCCGAUCCGGAGAAAUAUGAUCCUGAGCGAUUCAGUCCCGAAGAAACUCAAAGUCGUCAUCCUUUGGCAUGGUUACCAUUUGGUGAUGGACCAAGACAUUGCAUAGGCUUGAGAUUUGGAAAAAUGCAGACAUAUAUUGGACUUGUGACCUUGUUGAGAAAUUACAGAUUCUACUAUUGCGAUAAGACACCAAACCCGCUAGUUAUGAAUAAGAAACACACGCUCCUAUGUAGCGAGGGAGGAAUCUACUUGCGUGUGGAACGUAUCAAUUAGAACUCAAUCCUUAAGUAUUACUCUGUACAAAUAUAAACAUUUUUAGUUUUUAACUUUCUAGGAAAA